AUGCAACCACCUAGAUUCACCACACAGCCAUCUUCCUCAAAUAGCAUUGUCAGAGAAAGUACCACAAAGAUAUUACAAUGUUCUGCAAUCGGUAUUCCUCAACCGAUGUACAGGUGGUUAAAAAACGGUAUACCACUUGGAGAUUAUUCAUCGGAGCUCUUUUAUAAAAUUCAGAAUACUCAAAAGGAUGACGCCGGAGCCUAUCAGUGUAUAGCAAAGAAUGACGUCGGUGCUAUAUUCAGUGAAAAAAAUAACAUUUUUGUUGCAUAUAUGGGAAUGUUUGAAAAUACUGUUGAAUCAGUUGUGACUGUAGAAUCUGGAAAGGCUGCUAUCCUAGACUUUCCAUCGAUUGAUUCAGAACCACCUCCGACAGUCGUAUGGCAGGAUGAAAAGGGGGUCAAUGGAGUGCCUAGCUACGACCAAAAAUAUGCUAUCACUGAUAAACAUCAACUUGUUAUUUUGUGCGCUUCUAGAGAAGAUCAAAGAGCGUAUAGAGCUCGUGCGAUCAAUACUCAAUUAGGUAAAGUAGAAAAUAGCCCAUACAUCAGAUUAAAUGUAUACGGGGACGACAAUAAAGAAAUUGCCCCAGAAAUUAUAAUAAAACCUCAGGACACUAAAGUGAUUAAAGGUCAAGAAUACACAAACUUAUAUUGCAUAGCCAAUGCUCGGCCUCUGCAUGAACUCGAAACGUUAUGGUUCAAAGACGGCAUAUUGAUCGACUUGGCGGGAAUCACUUACGACUUAAAUGACCAGUGGAAUAGAACAUUAAGUCUGAUAUCCGCCAAUGCCAAGCACACGGGAAAGUACAUGUGUCAAGCUAGAUUGAAAACUGGGGGCUUCGCAACCGUCACCGCCGCUGCAAGUGUGACGGUAUUCGAAAAGCCUAUUAUGCUCACUAACCUGAAAACCGAGACAUAUGGAGAAUACGGAAACGCAAUUGUAUUAGAAUGUAAUGUACAAGGUACACCCUUACCUGGUAUCACGUGGUAUAAGGACGCCAGGAAAAUUGCGAGCGUCGGCGCAGAUGCCGGUGAAGCUGAUAACGCCGAUGUUGACGAUGGCGGGGGAAGGUAUAGAGUUGAAGUUGAUAGAAGCCUUGUUAUAAAUGACCUUAAAAUGGAAGACAUGGGCAUUUACCAAUGUAUCGCGAGUAAUGAAGCUGGAGAAUCGUCCAUUUACACUUGGUUGAAAAUUAAGACGUCUCCACCAGUAAUGCAAAGUGCCCCAUCAAACCUCACCGUUUUGGACGGCAAGGAUGCCACCAUCAGCUGCAGGGCUGUAGGAGCCCCAACGCCUAACGUCACUUGGUAUUUCAAUGACUCACUAAUAAUAAAUUUAUCUGGACGGCUGCAAGCCCUGGAAGAAGGCGAUCUGCUAAUAACAAGUACUACCACAGCAGAUAGCGGGAAAUAUACGUGUAAACGUGCUAAUGAAGCGGGCAGUGUUUCGGGAGAGGCUUACCUUACUGUGUUAGUAAGAACUCAAAUCAUCGCACCCCCCCACUGGUUCCACAACAAUCAACCAAUGACCGCGGGAUCCCGAGUGUUGGUAUCGGGUGAUGGUGCUUUGCAAGUUCAAGCGGUACGAGCUAGUGACGCGGGUGAAUACAAAUGUAUAGUGACAUCAGGGGGGGGCAAUCACACGCGUAGAGCAUUUCUCUCCGUCAUCGAACUGCCAUUCUCGCCUACGAAUGUGAGAGCCGAGAGAUUGGACGCUACGCCGCAACGCGCCGUCAAUGUCUCGUGGACUCCGGGUUUUGAUGGGAAUUCACCGGUACAGAAGUUUAUCGUGCAGCGGCGGGUUGUUCCUGAAUUUGGUCCUACACCAGAUCCUCUUCUAAACUGGAUAACCGAGCCAAUGAAUGUGUCAGCAAAUCAACGUUGGGUUUUACUAACAAGCUUGAAAGCGGCCACAUCUUACCAGUUCCGAGUGUCGGCCGUGAACACUGUGGGUGAAGGACCUCCGUCCGACCCUACAGAUGUUCUGACAUUGCCACAAGAAGCGCCAUCUGGGCCGCCGAUUGGGUUCAUGGGUUCUGCCAGAUCUUCUUCAGAAAUUAUAACACAAUGGCAGCCGCCCUUAGAGGAACACCGUAACGGGCACAUCUUAGGUUACGUUAUACGAUACAGGCUAAAGGGCUACGAUAACAGUCCCUGGACGUAUCAAAAUAUAACGAACGAAGCUCAGAGAAAUUAUCUCAUACAAGAUUUGAUCACUUGGAAGGAUUAUAACGUUCAAAUCGCUGGGUAUAACGAUAAAGGCGUUGGAAUGUUCUCCGAUAGCUAUACUAUAAAGACGAAGGAAGGCGUGCCAGAAGCAGCUCCGGAUAGUGUUCGGUGUGAGGCAUUUAAUUCUACAUCAAUCACAGUUUGGUGGACACCGCCUACUCCACAGAAAAUUAAUGGGAUUAAUCAGGGAUACAAAAUUCAAGCCUGGAAAUGGGAUGAUUUACAAAACGACAGUUUAGAAUAUAAACUUGUGAGCGUACCUCCAAAUUUGUUGGAUCCAUUAACAGAGCAGUCUUCGAUCAUGAGUGGUCUCGAAAAGUUCACUGAGUACAAUGUGUCAGUAUUGUGCUUCACCGAACCUGGAGAUGGACCACGAAGCGAGUUUGUUGCUGUGAGGACUAAGGAAGACAUGCCUGAUGAAGUCGUCAACCUACAGUUCGACGAUAUAUCAGAUAGGGCAGUUCGCGUAUCUUGGUCGCCGCCAAGGAAAUCAAAUGGCGUACUUAUUGGCUAUAAAUUAUCAUACCAAGUAAAGGAAAACCCAGACACGUUAAAGGAAGAGGUAUUACCUCCGAAUGUUACCAGCAUUCAUGUGGAACAUUUGCAGGCGAGUACGCAAUACAACUUCUGGGUGAGCGCCAUGACUGGAAUCGGUGAAGGUCCACGCAAGUCGGCUUCCAUACAGUCUGGAGUAGAACCAGUGUUACCAGGUGCUCCGAGGAACCUCGCUCUGUCGAACAUUGAUGCGUUCUCUGUACUCUUACAGUUUACACCUGGAUUUGAUGGAAACUCUUCUAUAGCGCUCUGGACCGUGCAGGCACAAACAGCACGUAACUCCUCCUGGGUGACAAUAUAUGAAGUGAGCGCACCAGAUGCUCAGUCCAUCGUGGUAACUGGCCUGGUACCAUUCACUACAUACAGGCUGCGAAUUAUUGCGACCAACGUCGUUGGGACUUCGCCUCCUUCGGAGCCCUGCAAAGAGUUCCAAACCAUACAAGCGCCGCCCCAACAUCCGCCAAGGAAUGUCACCGUUAGAGCUGUCAGUGCUAAUAAUCUUCGAGUGAGAUGGAUCCCUCUGCAACAAAGUGAAUGGUAUGGCAAUCCAAAGGGAUACAACAUUACCUAUAGAAGAAGCGGUACAAGCGAUACAUUGUAUGCAGUUAUUGAGGACCAUACAGCAAAUUCUCACGUGCUAUCAAACUUGGAAGAGUGGUCUCUCUAUGAAAUUCGUAUGACAGCUAUUAAUGAGGUCGGAGUUUCUGAAGAUAGUCCUAUUGCUACCGAAAGGACGAGGGAAGCUGUGCCAUCUAGUGGACCGACGGACGUCUCGGCGAAUGCUACGUCGUCGACUACAGUAGUUGUACUAUGGGGUGACAUACCAGUGCAAGAUCAGAACGGUCUCAUAGAGGGGUACAAAGUUUGCUAUGCGGCAGUAGUCCCUCCACCCCAGAACCAUAAAAAGGUUGAAUGUCAGGCCAUACCAUCAAACCAGACGCAUACAGUUACCUUAACAGAGUUGAGGAAGUAUGUGGUGUACCAUAUACAAGUAUUGGGCUAUACUCGUCUGGGUGAUGGAGCGCUUAGUGAUCCACCAGUCACAGUGAGGACGUUUGAGGACACUCCGGGACCACCCUCAAACGUAUCAUUCCCCGAUGUAUCGUUUACAUCUGCCCGAAUUAUAUGGGAUGUUCCUGAAGACCCCAACGGAGAAAUACUCGCGUAUCAGGUCACAUAUCACUUGAACAUCUCUACGCAACACAUGUUCUCAAGGGAAUUCCUACCCUCGGACAGGACAUUUAGAGCAACGGAGCUAUCGUCAGAGCAAUACUACCUUUUUACGGUGCGUGCGCAAACGCGUCUAGGGUGGGGUGCGACUGCACGCGUGCUCGUGCUAACGACGGCCAAUCGCGCUGCGCCUGCGCCUCCAGGUCGACCACAUCUCGCUCGCUCUUUACUUCAACCACAUCAGAUCACCUUCUCUUGGACACCGGGCGAUGAUGGAUAUGCCCCGUUGAGAUACUACACAGUCCAGCAAAAAGAAGACGGUGGGACCUGGCAAACUUUACCCGAAAGAGUUGAUCCGUUCGCGACGUCAUACACAGUGGACGGCCUCAAACCUUACACAGCGUAUCAGUUCAGAAUAAGAGCAACCAAUGAUAUUGGCCCGAGUCGAUAUAGCAACGCCACUGAGACCGUUCGAACUUUGCCCGCAGCGCCAAGUAAAGCCGUAGAGAAUCUACGUGUAGUACCAAUUACACCUAGCAGCGUACGCGUUCAGUGGUCACCGCUCCCAGAGUCCCAUUGGAGUGGUGAUGCUCGGACCGGAGGGUACCGGGUCCUGUACCAGCCACUCACUGACUUCACAGCCACGCUCCAAAAUACUAUGAAACAGGAGGUGCCUGGUAUUAAGAGCGAAGAAGUGGUUCUAACUGAACUAGCAGUUGACCGUAACUAUGAGAUCAGCGUGUUUGCCGUGAACUCCCAAGGAUUAGGACCCGGUGGGGUCCCAGCUGUCGUGUGGGUGGGCGAAGCGGUGCCCACUGCACCCCCCCAAGAAGUCGCGGCGGAACCCGUUUCCCCCACAGAGGUCGGUCUUGUGUGGCACCCGCCGCUACUUGACCAGCAAAAUGGGGAUUUGCUUGGAUAUAAGAUUUUUUAUCUAAUGACGGAGUCACCCGAGGAACCAGAGCUCGGAAGACGCAUUGAAGAAGAAAUAGAAGUCGUUCCCGCUACUGCUACUUCCCACUCACUCGUGUUCCUUGAUAAGUUUACUCAGUAUCGUAUACAGGUGUUAGCAUUUAACCCAGCUGGCGAUGGGCCGCGCUCACACGCGAUAUUGGUACGAACACAUCAGGGUCUACCAUCAGCGCCUCGAAAUAUCACCUUCAGCGAUAUCACCAUGAACAGUCUGGUAGUGUCGUGGGAAGCACCGCGACGACGAAACGGACUCAUACAUUCUUAUCUCGUCACGUACGAGACUAUCGAGCAGGAUGAACGUUUUAGCAAACAAGUAAAACAGAAAGUGUCCGAGCGCCGGCUGGCCGUCGGGGGCUUAGAAGAAGAAGUCGAAUAUAAGUUCACCGUCCGAGCAGUGACUAUUGGCGCUGGGGGAGCUGGGGAAUCACGAGUUCGUACUGGGCCCCAGCCGGGGUCUCCAGAGCCCCCACGGGCCCUUGCCUUAAGGGCUGACCCCGCAGCUUUACAUCUACGCUGGACCAACGCCCCUUCCGGACGGGGACCACUUCUUGGAUAUUAUAUUGAAGGACGGAAGAAAGAUGACACGCGGUGGGAGACAAUAACGCGUACCAGUAACGGAAUGUUGGAAGAAUUCACGAUAUCGUACCAAAGCCUCCUUCCCUCAACAGCCUACUCGUUCCGGGUGAUCGCAUACAAUAUGUAUGGGAUCAGUAACCCUACUUAUAGCGAUAAGGUGAUAGUGACGCCUUCGAAAUUGUACCUAGAGUACGGAUACCUACAGUAUCGCCCUUUUUACCGACGCACCUGGUUUAUGGUGGCACUUGCUGCAGCCUCCAUUAUCAUCAUCAUUAUGGUCAUAGCUAUAUUGUGCGUCAAAAGCAAGAGCUAUAAAUACAAAAAGGAGGCGCAGAAAACGCUGGAAGAGUCACUCGCCGGGGAGACGGAGGAACGGGGAUCCCUGGCUUUGGACUUGUACCGGUCGCGAGCUGGAUCCAGCGCUUCAGCCGCCGCCUUGGGAGCCGGAACGCUUCGUCGAAAGCCACCUCCCGCCCCCGCUUUAGCAAAAUCCCCUCCCCGACCUUCCCCGGCCUCCGUGGCCUACCACAGCGACGAAGAAAGCCUCCGCGGAUACGACGAGAACCCAGACGACUCUUCCGUCACCGAGAAACCUUCGGAGAUGAGCUCCUCCGACUCGCAGAACUCGGAAAGCGAGAACGAGAGCGUGAGGUCGGAGCCUCACUCGUUCGUCAAUCACUACGCGAACGUGAACGAUACGUUACGCCAAUCGUGGAAGCGGCAACGACCCGUUCGCAACUACUCCAGUUACACGGACUCGGAGCCCGAGGGCAGCGCAGUGGUGAGCCUAAACGGGGGUCAGAUAGUGAUGAACAAUAUGGCGAGAUCUCGGGCGCCUUUGCCGGGUUUCUCCUCGUUCGUAUGA